AUGUUACAACUUAUCGAAUCUGAAGUGGCCGCAAAACCCACUCUUACAACAACCACAAAUCCUCGUCAUAAACCCAGGUUCUAUGCUGUUCUCGGCGGACCAGGCUCGGGAAAAUCCACCAUCUGCGCAUCAUGGGCCAAGCUGGAUGGCGGCGUUAUGCACAUUGCCAUUGGAGAUAUCUUACGUAGCGAGGCAAAGCGGCCUGAUAGCCCGUAUGCCGAAGUUCUCAAAGCCAAUCUUGCAAAAGGCGCAAUCGGCGAUCCGGAGAUGACAGUCGGUCUUAUCAAGGACCACAUGCGCACAACGAUCAAAGCCGCAAGCGGGCCUAUACACACCUAUCUUCUCGACGGAUUUCCCCGUGCUCUUGCAUCGGCCCAAUACUUUGAGCGGACCGUCGGUCCUCUCAGUGGAGUCAUCAUCCUCGAUAUACCCGAGGCGACUCUCAUAGAUCGAUGCCGCCAGCGAAACCGGUCCGAUGACAACGAGGAUGCCAUUCGCGAACGCAUCCGCGUUUAUAACACCAAGUCAGCCGAGGUUGUCGCUGCCUAUCACCUACAGGGCAAGGUUUCUUAUGUGACACAGCCACCUGACUCGCAUAUCCGGCCGUGGACAGGAGUUUUGAGCGCUAUGAUGAUGGACUCUUACUUGCCCUUGGACAUCCCCGAAACCGUGCUUCGAGAUGUUGUUGCUUGCGGAAUCCUCAUCUGGAGGUUCUGUGACAUACGUUACGAUCGCCGCGGGGGAGAUGCUCGCUGA